GUCUCAACUGGACUGACCCGGCCCACUUUACAGCGCAGACCCUGCAGCAGGACGAGGACCGAGGAGGCCCGAGGAGAGGACCGGUGCGGGCGGGAGAAAGAGGGAUCAAGGUGGACCGGAUCGGGGACGCACGCAAAACCCCCUUUCAGAUUGAGAUACAGCGGGACAGCGGGCGGGGAGGAGGGGGCCCCCGCAUGAUUCCUCACAAUCCGCAGGCUGUAAUGAUGAUGGUGAUGCACCGAGGGCAGAGCGGCGGAUUCCUGCAGAGCCCGACACACUGCACCACACGCCCGCAACCCGGUGUGAGCUGCUGCAGGGCCGGACGCUUGUGCUUCUCUCCAUCAGAGCCAAACCAAACCAAAACCGGAUUUCCUGACAGAUACGUGAGCAAAACAACCCGGUAACAGACUCCCUUGCAAGCUCCAUUCAUACUCCACCCCCGUCUGCGGGAUGAGACGGGGGAUCUGCAGCGGACGGAGAGACCAGCUUUGAACCGAGUCUGCGUAUUACUGCACCUGUUUUCGUGUGCAUGCACCGGUUGUUUUGAAAACGUGCAAACAGACAAGAAGGGGGGGAAAGAUGUUGGUGCGAUGCUACCGGGGCAAGCUGUCGGUGUGGGCCGCUCUGUGCGUGCUGGUGCUCUGCUGGUUUUACAUUUUCCCCGGUUACAGACUCCCCCGCGAUAAAGAAAUAGUGGAAGAGGUGCUGAGGCAGGGGGAGGUAUGGCAGAAGAACCAGACGGGCAUCGAUUUGUACAGGAAGUUGCUGACAGAGUGCUGCGAUCCACGGAGGAUGUUCGCAGUCACCAAGGAGAACUCGCCAAUGGGAAAGGUCCUGUGGUACGAUGGCGAGUUUUACCACUCGCACACCGUCAACAAUGAGACCUACCCACUCUUUGUACAGGACAACCCUCUGCAGCUGCCCCUGAAGAAGUGUGCGGUGGUGGGCAACGGUGGCAUUCUCCGUAACAGCAAGUGUGGACGGAACAUUGACCAGGCCGACUUCAUCAUGCGGUGUAACCUUCCACCACUUUCAAAAGAAUAUGUGGAGGAUGUGGGAACCAGAACACAUAUGGUCACAGCCAACCCCAGCAUCAUAGAGAAAAGAUUUCAGAACCUUUUGUGGUCGAGAAAAGCUUUUGUGGACAGUAUGAAGGUCUACGGCUCCAGCUACAUCUACAUGCCAGCGUUCUCCAUGAAGCCUGGCACUGACCCGUCACUGCGGGCGUACUACGCCCUGGCAGACACCUCCUCCAACCUCACCAUGCUUUUUGCCAACCCUGAAUUCCUGCGCACGGUGGGAAAAUUCUGGAAAGCUCGUAGCGUGCACGCCAAGCGCCUCUCCACGGGGCUGUUCCUGGUCAGCUUGGCCUUGGGGCUGUGCGAGGAAGUGACGGCCUAUGGCUUCUGGCCAUUUUCCGUUGGCCUGGACGAGCAGCCGGUCAGCCACCAUUACUACGACAACAUCCUGCCCUAUAAAUGGUUCCACGCCAUGCCUGAGGAGUUUGUCCAGCUUUGGCACCUACACAAAAGCGGCACUCUGCGCAUAAGAGUGGGCCACUGUCCCCCUCAAGAAGGAGGGAGCUAGGGUCGAAGUGAUAGCGGUCAGUUGAAGUUCAGUGGGCUACAGGAAGCAGAUGAAGACGUUUGGGCUGUGAAGUGUCAGGAAGUUGUCGUGAUGACAAAAAUGGGUGCACGUAUUUCCCCUGAGGAACUUCUGCACUGUGUCUGUGUCCAUACACACUCCUGCUGUCCCCCACAGCUAAUCCCUAAUUAUCAUGAGAAUGUCCUCCACCCAGGCAAGCAACAUCAGGGAUAGAAUACACACACUGACACAUGCAGCCAUACACACACAAUGUAAAUUAUUCAUACAUUCCCAAAACUUACCAUGUCUCCUCCCUUUGUUUCUGAAAUGUGUGUGUGUGCAUGGAUGUGUUUGUGAAAGCCUCAGCUGGGACUAAUGGCGGUGAGAGUGCGUGGGGUUGGAUGGGUGGGGGAUGGUUGUUGUUUUUUUUUGGGGGGGGUUGUAUGCUGACUACUGUAUCUGACUGACAUAAGGGGCAGCUGGACCAAACCCCCCUCUGGGUCUUUGUUAAAUAGAGACAGAAGGAGUGGAGGACCAGAGGGAAUAAUAAAACGCUCUGAAAGACUGGCGAAAUGAGAGGAACACGGGACAGAUAAUGGUGUCCUGGUACCUAAUAGCUUGAAUAGGACUGAAAUUUAAUGGAAGGAAAAAAAGACUGGCAGGGGGGAGAAAGAGUGAAAGCCUGCUGGUAUGUGUAUGAAAGGAUUUCUCUCUGCUUUUCUUCAACCAAGCGCUUGAUUGGCAUUCUCUGGUGCCACAUAGGGCUUAAGUUCAAAGCAGGAGCCAUUUGAAAUGGAGUCUUAAGUAGUAUAUAGCCUAGAAUGUUUAGCCAAGUUGCAUUUUAACCUUUCAGAGAAAAGGGAAAAUGAGUACACCCUGGUGUCCACCUAUGUUUUUUGUUUGCCAAAUGUGGUUUUUGGGAUUAAUGUGAAUUCUUUUGUGUCCAUGAAGAGAAGGGAGAAAGUGUUAUUGACAUAUAUAAUCAGAAAUGAACAUUUGUUGCAAAAAACAUCUCACAUAGGUACUUCAGCUCGAAGUGGACAUCAUCACCGACUGACUAUUUGGUACGAUUCUCAAUAGCAGGCUCCUUAGGUUAAAAAAAACAAACAACAACAAAAACAGACUGACCCGCUUCUUUAGAGGGGCAGUUACCAAGCCAUCUCUUGGUAGCUGUACUAUACUUGCCAAGUGCCAAGCCAAGGGAACAGUGUUCUCUUUGAUACUCACUCUCACGCUCUCCUUGUAGCUCUCAAAAGGGGGUCACUGAUAUAAAGAGUGGUAGUGACAGAAAAAGACUUGAGGACUUGCUGUCAGAAAGUGGCAUUUUAAUGGGUGACUUUUGUUUUUGUUUUAGCUGGACACCAUUUAGGGUUAAAUUGUGAUUUAUUGAUGCAAUUAUUGUCAUUACCAUUUUGCAUCGGAGUGCAGGGACUACUGAGCCUCGGCCCUGUGCUCCUUUUCAUAAUUGUGAUUUUGUUUUUGACAUUUUUUUUGUACACAAGGGAAAAUAAUGACUGGCUCAUCUAGAAAGCCAAACACGACAGACACAACUGUUUUUGUACUUGCAGGCCUUGCGGAUGGAAAAACAGUGUACUUGAUUGGAAAUAGUUCUUUCUUUUAAAAUGUUAUUUAAGAGUGAUAAAUGUGAACGUGCCAUACUGUCAGUACCGCAACAAUGGAUGACUCUGCAUGGAAAGUGCAUGGGGCGUACCACAAUCCCUCAAGGUACAGAACAUGUCGAUAGCUUAGUGCUUCAUGCUUUUAUCCAAUUCCUUGUCUGUUAAACUGAAUGAGGUCCAGUGCCUUUGAGAUGUAUUAAGGCAGAAAGAUCAUUCAAACGAGGGAUAUUUCUAAUGUUGAUCAUGCUCUUAAAUGUGUUUGAUUUCUUGGCCUACCUGGCUCUGUGGAUCAGUCGCUUGUGUGUAAGUGACCCCUGACUUCAUGUAAAAUGAACUUAAAGAUGGCCGCAUGUAGGACGAAGUUCAUGAAGUGAUCCGAAAUCAAAUAAUUUCCAGUCCAAAUGCACAUGUUGCUGCUCCAUACUCCAAACUGAACUUGAUGAACACUUUGACCAAUUUGUUUUACUUAUUGUGAUGUUUCUUAUUUGCACCUUUGUAUUUUUCCCUCUCCUGCCCAGUACUGUGAAUGAAUGAAAUGUGACAUAGUGUGAAUUUUAAGUAAGCAUGACGGUUUUUAAUGUACAUGUGCUUUUGGUACACAGAUUUGUAUCUAUUUCCAUUAUGUUCUGAUUCAUGCCCUCAUUCCAUCCUAUCUGAGUGAUAAUCGAACCACUGAAGAGCUGAGAUUUCUUAUCAAAAGGGAGAUGAAUCUGUCUUGUAAAUAUUGGUCUGUUAACACAAUGACCAAUUAGUUUUAGAUCUCCAAUCCUUCUUUAUAGGUAUACUUUUUCAGAAGCUUCACCGAGCCCAACGGGUCCAAAUAAACUGCAGCUGUUACAAAAAGAAAACAUCUGAAUCUUUGGCACUGUGCUCUCCCUGCUACAGCCUGCACAGCUCACAUAUCGUAAGUUGAUAUUUAAAGCGCUGACUCCUGACAUCAUUCAUUUUUAAUAGUUUUUGUUAUUGAUCUAGCAUGGAAGAACAUGUAAGAACAAUAUCAUCACCAUUGCCAAGGGUUUUUUACAUUCCAAGCCCAGGUUUCAUAUUACGUGGUUAAACACAGGAAGACGUUCUCUACAGUUUCAUAACUAUGCUUGGGUUUUCUGUGCUGUAUCGCAUAUUCAGACAAAUUAUAAGAACAGUUUGACAUUUUCGGAAAUGCAUUUGUUUGUUUUCUAGCUGAGUAUUUGAUGAGAUGAUUGAUACCACUCUCACUUUCUGUCCUUUUUAAGUAUAAGGCUACUGCCAGUUAACGUAGCUUUUCAGAAAGACUGGAAAUUCUUCUAUUCUGAUCUAACUCUCAAAGAAAGCAAAUAAGCGCAUUUCCCGCUGCGUUAAUAAGAAGCCCGCAGGAAAAAAGUGGAACUAGACAGAGCAAAAUAGAGCAUGGCUCGUACACAAUGGCGGUAUUGUCGUCCAUUUUCUUUUCCUGUGCCUGCCAACUGGUCGCAUUUAUCACGCCAAAGUAUGUGUGGCUGCAGGGUGACCAAUUGGUUAGAGUCUGAUCAUGGAAAGGUCACAUGUUUGAUUCUGAACUUCUACAUAUUGCAGUGUGAAACCAGCCACUGUGUUUUCACCUCAUGAUGAUAAUGUCUUCUACUUCUUGGUCAUGUUAGUUGGAAAACAGCAAGAUAUUCAUGAUGAUGUCUUAGUGCAGGUUUAACACAGCAGAGUCUCAGAUGUAGAGGUGUAAUCGUUGGAAGCUUUUCCGUCAUGUCUUCGCCUACAGAAUACAAGGGAAUGCUGUGUCGCAAAUGACACGACAAAGGCAAUAUAAAAUGUGUCAAAUGGUUAAAAAGAAGAAAAAAGUUAAAGCCAUUAUGUGUAGUAUUUUAUGCAAUCUUUCAAAUGAUUCUGAUGGCAUGUUUUUGCUCGUAAAAACUAAGAUAAUGGGGUGAAUAUUUGUGCAGACUGUGCUGCUUUCAGCCUGUUCAUUUCAGUCGCUUGGAUUGAAUCAGAAGGGGGCAGUGACGGACAUUGGUGUCUUUUUUAAGUCUACCACUUGGGGCGUCAAGUCGUGAAUUAUUUUAUUCUACACAUAGUGGCUUUGGCUUUCCUAAACAAACAGUUAAACAUUAAGUAAGUAUUUUAAGUUAGAGUGUUCUAUGAUUACUAAUUGACACAGUUGUGGUGAUGAAGUAAAUUAGGUUAAAGCAAAUACAAAUAAUCAUUUUUUGUAUAGACUGUUUGACUCAUUUUAAAUCAGUACCGGUCCAGAGGGCUCAAUCUUCUGACAUUUAAAUAUUUGAUGAUAUGCCAAGCUUGAUGAACAGAUGUAAAUGUGCUUUAUUUGCCUUGACUGACUGAAUUGUUACAAAAAGAUGAACGACAAAAAACAUUUUGGAGGCAUUGCUGUUUGUGCUACCUUCACCUCCUCUGCUCAUUCAAGUCAUCUGAUGUGAACAACCCUGCCUGAGCAUGUUAAAAAUAAAUCAGAUGUGCAGUUCAGAAUAGCCAUGAACAACCAAAUCCAUAUACAAGGUGAACACUGGUAUCCAAUAAAAGAAGGAAAAUAAUAAAA